GCCCUGCGCCGAGUGGUUGAGGAGAUUGGACGCCGCGAGUGAGGUCAUCACAGGGCGCCGCAGAGGGGACCGGGAAGCGCAGAGUCUUCAGGGCCAUCAUGGCAGUCAAGUGGACUGGUGGACAUUCUUCUCCUAUUCUCUGCCUGAAUGCAAAUAAAGAUGGGCUAGUGGCUUCCGGAGCAGAAGGUGGAGAUCUCAUAGCUUGGGGUGAAGAUGGGACUCCAUUAGGACACCUGCAGUUCCAAGAAGCCAAUGAUGUCACCAGUGUCAUAUUUUCUCCUUCCUGUCCCACCAAGCUCUUUGCAUCACACGGAGAAACCAUUAGCAUUUUGGAUGUCAGGUCCCUUAAAGGUUCUCUGGAUAAUUUUCAUGUGAAUGAAGAAGAAAUCAAUUGUCUGUCAUUGAAUGAAACUGAAAGCCUGCUGGCUUCUGCUGAUGACUCUGGGACAAUCAAAAUCCUAGACUUGGAAAAGAAGAAAGUUACCAGAACCCUGAAGAGACACUCCAAUAUCUGUUCCUCUGUAGCUUUUCGACCUCAGAGGCCUCAGAGCCUGUUGUCAUGUGGCCUGGAUAUGCAGGUGAUGCUGUGGAAUCUUCAGAAAGCUCGCCCGCUCUGGAUUACAAAUUUACAGGAGGAUGAAACAGAAGAAAUGGAAAACCCACAAUCACCUGGCCAGCUCUUAAAUCCUGCCCUAGCACACUCUAUUUCUGUAGCAUCAUGUGGCAAUAUUUUUAGUUGUGGUGCAGAAGAUGGUAAAGUGCGAAUCUUUAGGGUGAUGGGAGUCAAAUGCAAACGAGAGCUGGGAUUUAAGGGCCAUACUUUGGGGGUGUCCCAAGUCUGCUUUCUGCCAGAAUCCUACUUGCUGCUCACUGGAGGGAAUGAUGGGAAGAUAAUGAUAUGGGAUGUGAGCAGUGAAAUUGAGGAAAAAACCAAGAGUCCUGCAAAACAUACUCACAGGAAGAAAGCCAAAAGAGCAACUUACACCAAACAGGAGGAAAACAGUGCUCCCAUAACAGAUGUGAAAGAACAUGGCAAAAUUUUACCAAAGCUAAAUAUUGAGCAUGGGGAAAAAGUGAACUGGCUCUUGACUACCCAAAUAAAGGGACACCAAAGUAUAUUAGUUGCUGAUCAAACUAGCUGUAUAUCUGUAUACCCUUUAAAUGAAUUUAAAAUGUCAUAAAAAAAUUUGCAAAAACUGUGGCAAACUUAUUUUUAGGUUAAAAACUCCUGCUUCUUUUAAACUGUUUACCAUAUAUUUACCAUUUUAUUGUGCAAACUUUAAUAAGACAUUUGAAGAAAAGAAAAUAAUUGGGUAUUUCAUAUGAUACAUUAAAAUUUGGAGGAAGA